AUGGAUAUUUACGUGGCUUUGUUAUCUCUUUUCUUUUUUUCCACACCAGCUUUGGCUUUCGGGUCAGAUCAAGAAUACCAGAUUGAUAUCAUCAAUGAACUUGACCUGGCAAAUGCCACCUAUGGAAUUACCCAAGUGGCCGGGCUUCAUAACAGCAGCAAAGCCUUCUUGUUUCGAGAUGUUGGGAGAGCAGUUCACACCCCAGCACACAUCACAGAAAAAGUGGUGCAGCUGUUCAGGAGUAAAAGUGAGUUUACGUUCUUGGCCUCCAUCCAGCAGAAGUCCUCCACAUCAGGAGUCAUAUUCUCCAUCCACGAGUCAGAACACAGUUACUUUGAGCUGGAGAGCAGUGGGGUGAGAGAGGAGAUCCGCUACCACUACCGCUUCAAAGGAAAACCGAGGUCCGAGUCCUUCCCCUACCGCCUCGCCGACGGCCAGUGGCACAAAAUCGCCCUCACCAUCAGCGCUUCCCACCUUCUGCUGCAUGUGGACUGUAACAGGAUUUACGAACGGGUGAUAGACCCUCCUCAGAUGGAGCUCACCGCAGGCAGUGGAGUCUGGCUGGGCCAGCACAGCCACAAGCACGGUCUGUUCAAGGGCAUUAUCCAGGAUGUGAAGUUGAUUUUCGCUCCUAAUGGCUACAUCACUCAGUGUCCUAACCUUAACCGCACCUGUCCGACCUGCAGCGAUUUCCUGAGCCUGGUGCAAGGAAUCAUGGACCUUCAGGAGCUACUUGCCAAGAUGACCCUGAAGUUGAACUAUGCUGAAUCCAGGCUGACCCAGCUGGAGGGCUGUCACUGCGAGAGGACCUGCAAUGCCAACGGCCUGGUUUACAGGGAUAAGGAGCUGUGGGUUGAGCCGGAGAACUGCAGGAACUGUGCGUGUAAGAAUGGUGUGGUGGAGUGUCGCAGGAUUUUCUGUCCUCCGGCAAACUGUUCAGAGGAUGCACUGCCUGUACACAUCGAUGGGACCUGCUGCAAGAAAUGCAGACCGAAAUGUACUUACAUGGGCCAGACCUUUCCUGAAGGCCAGCGCUUUUUAUCCAGGAGCUGCAGGGAAUGCAAGAACGGCCUGAUGGUGAAAGUCGUAGAAACUUGUCCGGAGCUCAACUGCACUGUCGGCGAACAGAUCUUACCAGAUGGCAGAUGCUGCAAUGUUUGCAAAGGUUAUGACUUCUGCGCAGAGGGGCUCAUUUGUGGAGAAAACUCUGAGUGUAAAAACCGGAAUACUAAAGCGGAGUGUGAAUGCAAGAGUGGCUAUGCCUCCAUCCAUGGGGAUUCUACUUACUGUGAAGAUAUCGAUGAGUGUGCGACCCAGAUGCAUUACUGCCAGUCCAACACAGUAUGUGUCAACCUGCCGGGCAGCCAUCGCUGUGACUGUCUGCCAGGCUUCAUCAGGGUGGACGAAUACUCCUGCACCGAGCAUGACGAAUGUGCCAGUGGGCAAAAUUCAUGUGAUGAGAAUGCCAUCUGCACCAACACCAUCAGAGGACACCUGUGUACCUGCAAGCCAGGAUACGUGGGCAACGGCACCAUCUGCAGAGCCUUCUGUGAGGAGGGUUGCAGGAGCGGCGGGACGUGUGUUUCUCCCAACACGUGUGUCUGUCCCUCAGGUUUUACAGGACGCCACUGUGAGACAGAUAUUGAUGAGUGUGCAGAGGUCCUGAUUGAGUGCCACAACCACUCCCGCUGUGUCAACCUGCCUGGCUGGUACCACUGUGAAUGCAGAAGUGGUUUCCAUGACAAUGGCUCCUACCUUCUUGAUGGGAGCUCCUGCAUUGACAUUGACGAGUGCAGUUUGCAGACACACACUUGCUGGAACGACAGUGUGUGUGUGAACCUCCCGGGAGGCUACGACUGUGUGUGUACGUCCGGUCCGGGCUGCAGCGGCGACUGCCCACAGGAAGAGGGAAUCAGACGUAAUGGAGAAGAUUGGAAACCCAGCUUUGACCGCUGUGCUAUAUGUUCCUGCAAGGAUGGCCAGACAUACUGCAGGAGGAGACCCUGCGAGUGUGGAGACCCAGACGAAGAUCUGUUUUGCUGCCCCGGCUGUGACAACAGGCCCAGCAGCCAGUGUCUGGACCAGAGCGGACGCACACUCUACCGCAGCGGAGCAUCCUGGAUGUACGGCUGCCAGCAGUGCCGCUGCGUGGAGGGGGAGGUGGACUGCUGGCCUCUGGUUUGUCCCGUGUUGAUGUGCGAGUACACGGCAGUAGCAGAGGGCGAGUGCUGCCCGCGCUGCGUCACAGAUCCUUGCCUGGCCGAAAACCUGUCCUACGACAUCCGGCAGACAUGCCAGGACCCUGCAGGCAUCGCCCGCCUCAGUGGAGACACAUGGCAUAUGCCCAACUCCCCCUGCACUACCUGCAAGUGUAAGAAUGGAAACGUUUGCUGUUCGGUGGAUCUUGACUGCCUUCAGAACAACUAA